UAAAACCAUUGCCAGUAAUCCCCUGCUACUGUAGUGCUACGUAGCGGGUAAAGGAGCGCUGCAGAAAAUUAAGUUUAUUGUCGCAUUUUUCUGCUCGUCUGUUGGUGCAAAAUGGACAAUUCCGGCAAGGAGAAAGAGGCCAUUCAGCUGAUGGCUGAUGCUGACAAGAAAGUGAAGUCCUCGGGGUCUUUCUUAGGAGGAAUGUUUGGUGGUAAUCACAAAGUAGAGGAGGCCUGUGAGAUGUACGCCAGAGCAGCCAACAUGUUCAAGAUGGCAAAAAACUGGAGUGCUGCAGGGAAUGCGUUCUGCCAGGCAGCCAGGCUUCACAUGCAGCUCCAGAACAAACACGAUGCCGCCACCAGCUUUGUUGAUGCCGGAAAUGCCUUCAAGAAAGCUGAUCCACAGGAGGCUAUCAACUGCUUAAAUGCAGCCAUCGAUAUUUACACAGACAUGGGACGAUUUACUAUUGCAGCUAAACACCACAUCACAAUCGCUGAGGUGUAUGAGUCAGAGCUGGUUGACAUUGAGAAGGCAAUUGCACAUUAUGAACAGGCUGCAGAUUAUUACAAAGGCGAGGAGUCUAACAGCUCUGCAAACAAAUGUCUUCUCAAGGUUGCUUCAUAUAGUGCUCAGCUGGAGCAGUAUCAGAAAGCCAUUGAGAUCUAUGAACAGGUUGGAACAAACACCAUGGACAACCCCUUGCUGAAAUAUAGUGCCAAAGAAUACUUCUUCAAAGCCUCCUUAUGUCACUUUAUUGUGGAUGAGCUGAAUGCAAAGCUUGCUGUUGAGAAGUAUGAGGAAAUGUUCCCAGCGUUCUCAGAUUCAAGGGAGUGCAAACUACUGAAGAAACUUCUGGAGGCCCAUGAAGAACAGAACGCAGAGGCUUUCACAGAAGCAGUGAAGGAGUUUGACUCAAUCUCACGCCUGGACCAGUGGCUGACCACCAUGCUUCUGCGCAUCAAGAAGACCAUCCAGGGCGAUGAGGGGGACUUAAAGUGAAAUGUAGAGUUAGGGGAAACCAUCCAAGGCAUGCCACCCCUCCCCAGAACAUUUCAUGUCAUUUUUGUGCAAUGGCCAAGUCCAGGUUUCCCAGUACAAUAUGUCAAAUUUAUUGCUGCAGCAUUUAUAGAGAAUAGAGGAUAUAUAAACAUAUUAUAUUUGAUUUUUGGAUAUUAUUUUAACAUGUAAUAUUUAGCUUUCAAACAUCAGACCAGUUUGGGACUGCUAAAUCUCAAGACUCCCUGUUUUUAUAAUGAAUGUUGUUCUGGAUGCACAAAGUGGUGUAGUUCAGUUUAAGGAAAGCCAAGGAUAAACUGGGGACCUGAGAAUUUGGCAUUGGCCCUGCUGUUUAAAUAAUCACUGGGGUUUGGAUUGCUAGUGCUGCAUGACAUGUACAAAUGUAAUUAUGGAGUUAGAAGACCAGACAUUUCACUACAGUUAUGGUUGUAAUUUUAUUGACUUAUUCUUUAUUUUUAUUUGUGCAAUUUGUACUCAACCCAUUCCUGUCAGUAUGUGUACUGGUAUGUAGGUCUCAUGUCUCAUUAAAACUAUAUUAUGUGCACUCUGAUUCGGAACACUUAUGUUGUUCACUCUGGAAAGAGUGAACAGUUGGUCGUGAGUGGCCACACUGCUGCUACUGAGUCCAGGAAUGUAAGUCAGACUUGAACUAAUUUUCAUGAUCAUUUUGAAGUCUAUACAACUCUACUAAGUGUCAGAAUAAUGGAGCUGUAAUUUCCAUAUCAACCUUUAUUUCUUAAUGUGUUCAUAAGCUUAUGUAAUUUUCUUAUUUUUACUGUAUCUCUAUUAUCUCUGCUUGCAGUAAGUGGUUUGCACUCCAAGUAUUUAUACAGUUAAAAUAUAACAUGUUACUCCUUGUUUGUCAGCACAUUCAAACUAUGAAGUUUGUGAGCUCCCUGUAUAACCUGUAUCAGUGUGCUAUGUGUUGUGUUGUGAUUUCAUCCUUCACGCUGCACCUAGGCUAGUGCACUCUCCAUUCUUGUGGUCCUUAGCAGAGCAUGUCACUGUGUAUUAUUGUUGAUGUGUAGUAUCUCACUGUGUUUACAGUUUUUAAAAAGCCAUCAAAAGAUGCUAACUACAUACUUAUCCAAGUUCUUUCUGACUGAGUAGUUGAUCUCUUGUUGAGUGUCUGUAUGAAAGUACAGAAAUAAAGGUCUAAUAUUAAAAGUUA